UAAAAAUAAAUAAUUUACAGCUGAUCGCGAGCGAGACACUUGUGUUUUUCAUUUUGCAUCAAUAAAAAAUGGUGAUUUUAUGUUAAAAUGGCUAAUAUCGCGAACCCCUUGCCCUAUAUUACCCAGCGAGAGUACGGACUAUUGCCAAAUCUUAAAUCACAGCUGUUUAGUCAGCGUUUAAAUGCUGCGAAAAACCUUUAUCGACGCGAUUUAGUGUGCCAUUUUGGAUGUGUGAAUGCGAUUGAAUUUUCCAACAAUGGCGAGUUGCUCGCUUCAGGCGGAGAUGACAGGAGAGUCAUGCUGUGGCAGGUGGGCAAGGCCCUCAUGGACCGCGGGGCUCCUGAGGCCAUGAAGGCUCUGCACCAGGCCAACAUAUUCUGUCUCGGCAUCACUGAAGACAACCAGAAGAUAUUCUCUGGAGGCAAUGAUGAUAUUGUGAUAGUGCACGAUGUGGAAAGCAAGUGCCCACUGGAAGUACUCCAGCACCAGAGAGCCGUGUGUUCGCUGUCCAUAGACCCGUUCAACGAGCGAGUGGUCGCCACGGCCGGUAACGAUGGCAGGCUACUGCUGUUUGAUACACGCCAGUCUGUGCAUGAGUCGCUGGUGAUAUCGCGCAGCCGCAAGGCGUUCCACGGCGUGACGUUCCACCCGCAGCAGGCCGGCACGCUCGCGUCCGCCAACGCGCGCGACGGCAUCGCGCUCUGGGACCUGCGCUCGCCUAAACACCCAGUGAUCCGCUACAUGGGCCCCCGCGGCACGGCCCAGUCCGGCAUGAGCGUGCGGUUCAACGCGCGCGGGACGCUGCUGCUGGCGCUGCGCCGCCGCCUCGCGCCCGUGCUGUACGCCGCCGCCUCGCCCGCGCCGCGCGUCAUGUUCCACCACCAGGACUACUACAACUCGUGCACGAUGAAGAGCUGCUGCUUCGGCGGCGAGGGCGACCGCUACGUGCUGUCCGGCUCCGACGACUUCAAUUUGUACAUGUGGAAGGUUCCGGAGACUGCCGCCGACCCGGUCGAUGAGCCGGCUAUGCAAGAUCCCCACGUGGUGCUGUACGGGCACCGCUCCAUCGUGAACCAGGUGCGCUACAACCCGCAGUACUGCCUCGUCGCCUCCAGCGGCGUCGAGAAGAUCAUCAAGGUGUGGUCAGCAGUAGAGUACUGGUCGAUGCGAGGCUCGCUGCUGCGCGCCGCGGCCGGCGACCAGCCGCGCGAGAUGUACUCACACGAGGAGUACGUGUCGCUCGCGCACCACAGCGGACAGUACGUUUGGCAGAACAACGUGGAACAGUCGACGAGCGAAGACCCGCGUAUGAUGGCCUUCUUCGACUCGCUAGUCCAGCGAGAGUUGGAAUGCCUCGCCGAGGAAACCGACUCGCUGGACGGGUCAAGCUCCGGUGGUUCCAUCCGAAGCCGCGGCUCAGACUCCAGUGACAGUGAGAACCACAUUGUUGUGGACUUUCCGCCUUUACCGCCUAAACGAUCCAAUCAAAACAGCGCGCGUAGUCAACGCUGCCCCAACCGCGUUGCUCGGGUCUACACGUCGCGAUAUCCGAAAAACAUUCGUUCUAAGCGAGGUUUGCUACGUCGCAACAAGCAGUCCCGCGCCACCACCAUCAAGCCAUCCGGCAAGGCCCUAGCCAGCGCCAGCAGUAAGGGCAAGCGGGCCGCGCGCUCGCGACGCCCCCUAGCACGGGUGCCGCCCGCGGUGCUAGCACGGGUGUCGGCGCCGUCUAGCGAGAGGACUGACUCGGAUGAACCUGCGCACUGCUUGUAUAGGAAUUCUGGCAGGAUGAUUAGACCACUCAGGCGCCGAAUGAAUUUCUCCAGGGCUGUGAAAAGGAAAAUCAAAUCCACUAGUUACAGAAAAGGGACAAAUAGAACAAAUGGGUCACCCAUGUUACGAGAUAUAAGUGAAAGUAGUAUGAAUCAUCUUGAAAAUGUCGAGGACAACUUAGCUUUACCUAGCACAAGCACAGGUUACAGAGGCCAAAGUACAUCAGCACUAUUUAGGAUAGCCGAAGUGGACUCCGACGACGACCAAUCAGUAAGCAGCAGGCCGAUCUCGCCACGAAAUCAGAACGUGAACCAAGGAGUACCUAAUAACCUCAUCAGUAUUGUCCCGACGCCCGUCAACGGCUCCCGGGACUCUUUAGGGGACAUUCUGAGGAGCGACCCGCCAGAUACUGAAAGCAACUCGUCUCCACCAGACAAUAGGUUAAGGAUGAGGCGAUCGCGCCGCAACGGCAGACUCAGCCUACGCCGGUCAGACUCUAGCGAGUCUCCUCCACACAAAGACACAACCGAGCGAGAAACAACUCCAGUCAACGAGCGAUUAGCUCCUAAACAACACAACCGGACGGUGACGCGGUUGAUGAACGAAACAAAUGAGAGCGAGUUGGAGAGCAGUUGUAGUACGGAGAGCAGUCUGUGGCCGACGCCCGGGGCGGCCCGGACCCCGGACAGCGGCGUGGGCACUAUAGCCGGCAGCAGCUCCCGCCACAGCGCCCCUCCCCCGCCCGACGUGUCCGACGACCCCGACUACCAAGCGCACAAGUUCAGACAACGAGUCAAAAAGGUGCGACGCAACUAUAGGACGCACAUGGACUCGGAUUCCAACUGAAGUAAUUGUGUAGAUAGGUAUGUAAUUUUAACUGAACUGAUGUUUUAGAUGUUGUUCUGCUGUAAGUAGAUAUACUAUCUUCUUGUGACUGAUUUUUAUUUUGUGAUGCGAUGAAUUAGGGUAGUUGAGGGUUGGUGAGGUGUGUUAAUGUUUUUCUUCCACUCUAAACAGCAAUGGGGAUAUAAUUCUGUUUUGAACUCAAUGGUUUAUAGUGCAUAUAAUAAAUGUGACAGUGGUGUUAAAAUAGUAGUUAUUGUAGCUAAGCAAUGUUGCCCGUGUUCUUCUUAUAUGACUUUACAAAAUCUUGACCAAAUGUUUUCUAUUCUUCUAUACUGUCUCCUAAUAUAAUUUAGUACAUUGGUUAGUCUAUGCCCCCUAACCCAUUUGUUUAUUUCUCGUCAUCUCAGUUUUGAUAUUUGUAUAGUUUAUAAAGAUAAUGUGAUCACUAUUAUUAUUGGAUACUAUAACUUAAUUAGCUUGUAAGUGAAAUUUUGUCUUGGAGAGGGUAGUUUAAAGACACCCUUUACCUAUUGAAUAUAAAUGUCUCAAUGUAAACUA